AUGAAUCCAUAUUUAGAUCAUCAUCAGGAUAAAUGUGUUUUAGAAAGAUCUUUUGAUAGUGGCGAAAUGGGAGUAGGAGCUUUUAAAAAUUCCAUAUAUUUUGUAAUGAAUUUUAAGUCUAAAAGCCUAAUGAUAUAUGGUAGAACACUUAAUAUGGUUAGAAUUUUUAAAAAUAAAGAAGAACUAUAUAAUGCAAGUAAUUAUCAAAAUUAUCCCAAUAAUCUUUUAUCCAAUAAUGGAAAAUAUUUUAACUCGAGAAAUAGUAAAGCUCAAGUUUUGGUUCCAAUGAAAAUAGAAAAAAAUAUAAGUGCUGAGUUUUUAGUGUUCAUUCCUUCAGAAGCUUCUCAAGGACUGUAUAAUUUGUAUUUUCACAAUUGUCCAAAUUAUAAUAAAAAAAUGGCUGUAAAAGUAGAUUUUAAAAUUGAAAUAGAAGAGAUCAAUCAAAAUAAUUAUUUAUCCGCUGGGGAAAUGCCUUUAUCUGGUUUAUACUUUAUGAUGUCAAUGAUUUUUUUCUUAUGUGGUACAUUUUGGCUUUACAUUUUAAUGAAAAGCAAGCAUCCCGUAUUUAAAAUUCAUUACCUUAUGGUAGUUUUAGUUUAUUUAAAAUGUCUAUCCCUAUUAUUUCACGGAAUUCAUUUUCAUUUUAUUCAAAGAAAUGGAGAACAUGUUGAAACAUGGGCAAUUCUUUUCUACAUCAUUUAUUUGUUAAAAGGUUCCGUUCUUUUCACCGUAAUUCUUCUUAUUGGUACUGGAUGGACUUUUAUAAGGCGCGGAGAUGCUUUAUCAGAAAAGCACAAAAAAAUUUUUAUGAUUGUGCUUCCUUUGCAAGUAUUAGCCAAUAUAGCUAAAAUUAUAAUCGAUGAAUCUGAAGAAGGAGAUGCUGAACAGCAAACGUGGUGGGACAUUUUUAUACUAGUUGAUAUAUUAUGCUGUGGGGCUAUCAUGUUUCCCGUAGUUUGGACAAUAAAGCAUCUACAAGAAGCUAGUUACACUGAUGGAAAAGCAGCUAUAAAUUUAAGAAAAUUAAAAUUAUUUAGACAUUUUUAUAUUAUGAUUGUUUGCUAUUUUUAUUUUACUAGGAUAAUAGUUUAUAUAUUAAAGAUUACGGUCACAUUUCAAUACGAAUGGUUGGAUGAAAUGUUUCGAGAGUUGGCAACUUUUGUAUGUUUUGUCAUAACGGGGUAUAAAUUUAGGCCAGCUUCUGCAAAUCCAUAUUAUCAAGUGCCUUCUGAUGAGGAAGAAAUAGAAACUUGUGUAAUUGUCAGAGAAGAGAAUCUUCCAGAAGGAUUAAAAAAAGUUAAUAAAUACGAACAUUCGGAUAAUGUAAAUAUAGAGGAAACAACGCGAUUCUUGGUGAAUGAAACUUAA